AGUUUCCUCAUGCAGUCUGCGAAUCUACAUUCCGAAAUGUACUCUGGGGCCGCAGAAGCCACGUUUACUUGCGCCUCGUACUUCCAGGAAGGCGUGGUGGGCAUUCACUGCCAGGCUGCACAUGGAUUCUCCGACGCAACAUGCUCACGGUCCGAGCGCUCCACACCGAGCAGUCUGUGCGCAGCGGACGAACCUGUAGACAUGCUGUUACUUGCGUGGGAUGAAGACCAAGACCGCGGCACGGUGCACGCUUCAGCUGAUGAACGGCAACAGGUUGCAGAGUGGCUAAGCAGGUUUCUACCGGAUAUGUGCGGGGCUCCGGGCCACGCUACCGUCGCGUUGUCAGGAAUGGCUACAACGUGCGCAGGAAUCACGAUUCUUUUGAUAUUUUUCGGCGUAGUUUUCGACAGUCUGCAGUCGCGUUUGGUGCAUGGUGGGGCGAUGACUGCGUUGGUCGCUGGCAUUUUACAGGCCGCGCUGAUAGGCGUGUGGAUGCUCGAGACACUUGUGCUACAUCAUGAAGGGAAUGAUUUCGGUACUGCGUUUUAUCUGAGUAUUGCGAGUAUCGUUGCCCAAGUGAUGACGUACAUUGUAGCCAUGCGCCACCUGCGUAUUGAGAAGGACACUCUGGUCGAACUUGGGCUACUGGAAGAUGACGACGAGUCCAUAGAUGAUAUCUUUAAAACGAAAAAGCUGGCUGACGACUGGGACGAAGACAGCGACGAUAGACCCACAUCGCCUCGUAAAGAGGAUUUGGCAAGAAAGGUUGAACGAGUUGUGUAGUCUACAAUAGAAAACGAAACAUUCUCUGAGUA